GUAAAAGCGGGAAUAAGAAAUUGCCUAGAUGGAUAUCUUGUCACCGAUCUUUCUUUUCCUAACUUCCUCUAUGAAAAUUAUACAGCUAAUGCGCAAAAUCUGGAGGAGGGUCUUUUCAAGGGGAAAAUAUUGGUUCAAGCCUACAAAGCUGUGUUUACUUCCCCAUCCUCUGUCAAGGAUGUUAAUGGUGAUGGUGACGGUGCGGAUAUCAGUGCUAACAACAGAAGGGCCCAUAAGAGUUUCCAUGAAACCAAAGUCAAAAAACAUGUGGCGCAUAUCAUCAAGAUGAAGAAAGUAAUGCCACGCUCCAUUGUGUAUAUUGUUUGUCAAGUAAGAUUCGCUCUAUUGUCUGUCACUUCCUGGCGAUCAGUAGACGAAGAUUUUGAUUAUGCACAAUUU